CUGACCUUUGAAAAGCCUGCGUUUCAUCCGACAAUUUCACUCGAAGAAAAGAAAUAUAUUGAAGAAGCCAUAGGAAAUGUGUCUAGUAGUCAUCCUACUUUCCGCACGGUCCCGUGGAAAGCAAUCAUAACGUCAAAACCUGUGUGGGCCAUCAUAGUAGCGAAUUUUGCCCGAAGUUGGACGUUUUAUCUACUUUUACAAAAUCAGCUCACGUAUAUGAAGGAGAAGCUCGACAUGAACAUUAACAAUGCUCCUUUGCAGUCCGGAAUGCUCGCAGCUCUCCCACAUGCUGUCAUGGGUGUGGUUGUGUUACUAGGAGGACAAUUAGCAGAUUACUUAAGGUCUCAUAAGAUCUUGUCGACUACAGCUGUGAGAAAACUCUUUAACUGCGGAGGUUUUGGAGGUGAAGCACUCUUUAUGCUGGUUGUUGCUUACACUAACAAAGAGUCCACAGCUGUAUUGGCUCUUGUGCUGGCUGUCGGAUCCUCUGGUUUCGCCAUUUCU